AUGGAUGCACAUCGAGAUGGUGAACAGGCUAAUGAAGAUCUACUGAAAUUACUUGAACAUUUCAAUCAACAAACAUUAUUUGUUAGCAUGGUUUUUGAUGCAAAUAGAAAAGAUUAUUUAUCAUCAUUUCAACAUUAUUUUCAGGCAUUUCGUAGUGCUAUUCCUAAAAUUCAACAGGUUCUUCAAGAACUCGUUUAUGAACAAGAUAAACACUCUCAUGUUCUAAUGAGUUUAGUCGAAGAAAAAGAUUUGAAGGCUAUUCGAGAGAUCUAUCAACGUUAUAUUCGAACAUUUCGUUCGACAUUAUCCAAUUAUAUUGCUUUUCGUGCCGAAAUCAAUACUCUCUUUGAUGUGGAAACAUACAGUCGAACAUAUGCACAAAUCGAAGAAGAAUAUAAUAAAUGGUCGCGUAGAAUUCAAUUGGUAUGGCCGGCUCAUCAAACAGCUGGACAAAUGAUCAAGGAAUCAUUUGAACGACGUCUAUACUCAUUACCAUUACGCUAUAUCGGUGCACAACAUUUUGAACGCAUUCGACAACUAGAUUGGAUUGAAUCAGCUCAAGGACUUCUCUACGGUGUCAAUGCUGAUAAUGAAAAUCUGGAGAAAGGUACACGUGAACUUCUAUACACAUACAUACGUGAAACAUUCCUUAUGGGCAUCUGUGAAUUUGCUUUAUUAGCUACGGGUCACGAGAAAUUCCUGAGUCUUGUUCGAUUAGAAUAUCAUCGAACGACACGUGAAAUGCUUCGUCAUGCUGUUGAAGCUAGCAAACAUGCUCGAUACGCUAAAAUGGCCUAUGCUGCUCAUAGUAUCUCUCAUUAUCUUCGAAUAUUGGUCGAAUCAUUUCCACCGACUAUUCAAACAGCUCAGAAGAAAGAAAUUCCAGUUGCUGACACUAAUCCUCGCCGAUUAAUUUAUAAUAAUGAGGCUUUUCUACCUGAAAUUCGUAAUUCUGAAACGGCUAGUUAUCCACCUGCAACACGAAAUACAACAAAAGAAUUAUAUUCGGCGAUACGAGGUCUAUUACUUCAGGAUAUUACAGCGAAUUUCUUUGCUAAUGUUGUGAUUGAAGUUCAACGCUAUGAAUCAAUUUAUAUAAAGAAUUCUUUACAGCAGCGCCUUGAUCAGAUGUCAAAUGAAGAAAUAGCUCGCCUGUCUCAAAUUGAUGUUGAAGAGCAUCUGCGAGAAUUUCAAAUGAUUUAUGAUAAAUUAACUAGUUUAGAAGAUGCUUGUGAAGCAACAGAGCGUGCCUGCCAAUUAUUUGAUGGUAAAGUAAUUGUUGAUUUUGCAAGUAAAAAUGAUCCAACCAAAACUAUCUUUCGUGAAAAACGAAAUCGUCGUCAUCGCGAUAUUACGAAUAAAUUUUAUCAAGUUAAACCAAAGAAGGAUGAUGCUAAAAUAAAAGCAGCAGAUAUUCAAUUUAAUGCUUUUCAAGAUGAAGAUGAAUAUCAAUUGAAAAUAUUGAAUGGUGAUCAUCUAGCGUGUCCAAAACAUCUUCAACUGUACCGAGAUGAUGAUUUAAAAGAUUUGGAAUAUGGAUUUCUUCCUGGAGAUCAUUUUCGAUCUCACCAACAGAAAAUAAAUACAUCGAGUGAAAAAAACAAACCCACGGUUAAUUUAUCAGUACCUAAAGUCACCAGUACAGAUAAAGUGGAAAUUAAUGGUGUAAGUAGUAUGUAA